CGUAUAGAAAUGUAUGGAAGCUAGGGUACGACGUUUAAGUCACGUGUCAUCCUUUAAUCGUGACAUAAAGUCAUGUUAUCAGACGUUGUCUCUCGUAUACUGCGGUUGUCUAUCCUGUUAAAGGUUAGAACAAAAAAAAAAACGGAAAUCUUUUUUCCCCUUUUCAAUUGUAAAGCUUUUUAAAAAAAGUAAUAUUAACAUCAAGCAACUGUUGUCUCCCUUUUAACUCCGUUCUGAAAUAGAACAUUUUAAAAUGCCUUAAUUCAACGAAUGAAGAGGCUCCAAAGGAUUGGACUGUGCCGGUAUGGCGCGUGAAGCCCUCGCCAAUCAGUUUCUCCGCUCUGUAAAUAUUGACGUCAUACAUGUGGGUCGUAUCCUCGCUUCCUGAAGAUUUAGUUGAUAUAAUGUAGGGCCAAAGUCCGUAUGCGAUAUUUAAAUUGACUCCACGUGCCUGGCGCGUAUGUUAAGACCGUGAGGGACGGGUGUAUGGGAAAUAAACCUAAAAGUGACAAGUUUAAACUGUGCAGCUAUUUCUUGUUCAUUAAUUUCUUAUUCAUCAAUUCUAGAGGAUUCGUAAAUAUGACAUGGAUUCCUGUCUUUUAUCUUUUGACGCCCAGAGGUUAAGUGUGUGGUGUAAAGUCACAGAGAUCUAGAGAGAUUCGUUUCUACUUUCAACGUUCAAGAAGAUAAGGGAAUGUCGACCGAGUUAGAAGAGUUAUCGUCCGACGAAGACUCUGGAAGGAUGAAAUUCGACGAGAUCGUUCAGCUCUUGGGAGAUUUUGGCACUUACCAAAAGAGAGUCUACUUCUUGCUGUGUCUGGCCUCGAUGUCUUGUGGCAUUCAGAUCAUGGUGUCAGUAUUUAACAUGGGGCACAGCGAGCACAGGUGUGCUAUACCUGGCUUAGAAAACGACUCUUACAUUGUUGCCAACGAGGAGCACGCCAAACUGAUCAACGAAACCAUCCCUUGGGAUUCAAAUAGGGGCGACAGCGGAGGAUAUUCCCAGUGCUACGUGUGGUCUGCGAAUGGGACGUCGGGUGAUCGCUCUUUGACCAGGUGCCAAAGAUGGGUGUACGAUGAAUCUCAGUUUAGAACAACGGUCAUUUCAAAAUUUGACCUUGUCUGCGAAAAUGAAAUGGCGCGCUCUCAUGCUCGUAUGAUAAUAAUGGGCGGUCUACUUCUCGGAGCUAUUGGCACGGGUGUUGUGGCUGAUAUCGUAGGUCGUAAAUUAGCAUUGAUGGGAAUGGUGGCACUGCACGCUGCAUCGUCCAUUGGAGUCGCCUGGGCAGACACUCUAGUAAUAUAUGUCAUUCUACGAUUUCUGACCGGCAUCUCGAUCAGCGGUCUUUUCCUGGCCAUAUUUGUUCUAGGAAUGGAACUGGUUGGGCCCUCCAAGAGAAUGGUUGUGGGCAUCGUGGUGGAAGUAUUUUGGGCAGCAGGAGUCCUGAUUCUUGGGGUCAUCGCUUAUUUCAUACGAGAAUGGGAGAUUUUGCAGAUGGUCGUUUCUUUUCCAAUUCUACUUUUCUUUACAUACUGUUGGUUGAUUCCAGAAUCUCCCAGGUGGCUGUUGGCUAAAGGCCAACACGAGAAGGCUGAGUCCAUCAUACGGCACGCAGCUAGAGUAAAUGGCGUCACUAUCCCAGAGAAAGUCUUUGAUGGCAUGGUCCUUGAGGAAAACUCCAAGGAAGAGAGAAUGACUAUUAUAUUUAAGUCGCCUAGAUUUAUGAUCCGAUUGGUUGUUUUAUGUUACAACUGGUUAGUGUGCGCUAUGGUGUACUAUGGUCUGAGUCUAAACUCGGGGAACUUGGCAGGCAACUUGUAUGUCAACUUUGAGCUAAUGAGCUUGGUUGAGAUCAUGGGUUAUGUCAUCUGUCUCCUGGGACUCAACAGAGUUGGCAGAAAGUUACUGCACAUUACAUGUUUAAUUAUUGGUGGAGGCGCUUGUCUCAGCACCAUCUUCACUGUUUUGUAUGCUGAUAAAUCUCUGGAAUGGAUCAACAUCGUCUUAGCCUUAGUUGGGAAAUGUGGAGCCGCUGCUGCCUUCGCCAUCAUUUAUAUCUACUCUGCUGAGUUGUUCCCUACUGUCCUGAGGAACUCACUCAUGGGCGUCACUUGUCUCUUUGCCAGAGCUGGUGGCAUGAUCUCCCCUUACAUCGCUGAUCUGGAUAAACUACUAACAGGCCAGUUGGGUAAAGCUCUUCCACUAAUUGUAUUUGGUGCUACGGCCGUUGCUGGGGGCAUUAUGUGUUUUAUCCUACCAGAAACUUUGAAUAAACCUUUGCCAGAGACCUUGGAGAAUGCUGUAGAUUUCGGAAGAGCUUCAAAGAGACAUCGACGUCACGCGCAAGAUGUGAAUGAUUGCGAACACAACGAGGACAAACCGUUGCAACACUUAACAGAAGUGAACGGAGAUUUUAAGAGUUUACUAAGCAAUGACCAAAGUGUUGCUAAAACAAUUGUUUGAUUUGAGAUGUAUUGGCGUGUUAGUUUUCUGUAUCUUCGCAUGGGCAUUGUUACAUUGAAUAGUUUAAUUUUAUAUAAAAUUGAAAUGAAUUUUAGCAAAUCUUAAAUUUCAAUUUUUCGUCUAAAUAAAAAGUGUAGGCUGCAGUCUUGUAUAUCCAGACACUUUGUAGAGAUAAACAAUGUUUUAAUGAGACGAACCUAUCAUAAUAUAAGAGAUAUAGGCUAAAAGCAUUACUUUACAUUGUAAUCGAAGUCCACAUUGUGCAAUUUGUAGAUGUCCUUGAAAGAAAUAGGGUUGAACCCAGAAUCAUUUCAUAACUGCCAUGAUAAAUUUACAUACUAUUUAAAUACACUCCAAACCAAAUUUCAACUUAAAUGUUAUAUUAGCAUCUAGCAUAUAAAAUAUAUUUUAUAGAUAUAUUCAAGGGGUAACCCGACAAAAUAGCGCAAUGCAAAAUAGCGCGAAUGUGUUUAUUAUAUGUAUAAUGUACCGGAUUUUAGUAGGUGAAGUUCUUGGCAGGAUUUUCUGUUUAGGCCUCUACCUUCUUUAUCCACUAACUUGUUUAGGUUGCGCCUGCAUUAUUUAUACAGGUCUUCACAGUAGGCGAACAUGUUCUUCUCUUCAGGAAACUGUUGGAGCUAAGAUCAACUCUUGCUUAACAGAGUCUGAUGUUAGAUUUUGAGAAGGCAAGUCAAAAUGCAGCAAGCACAGUAGUCCCGGCAAUCAGACGAGUUUGUUGUGUAUUCCAUCUUGGACAAAGACUCUGGCGAAUCUUGCUGUUACAUAUCGUGAUAAUACAAAUGUACCCAUGUUUGUCAAGAUGUUGUUAGCCCUUUCAUUGUUCCACCUGCCAUGUAAAUAUUGUCUUCGAAGAACUAAAUGAUGCUCGCCAGAUGGUGUAGGGAAUUCGUAUGGCCACUGUGAGGACAAUUCUAUUUGUCGCCAUAGACGAAACCGCAGAGUGACUCCGAGAUAAGAAAAAAAAUAUUCAGUGAAGGGAAGGAAUUGCGCAUUUCUGCUUUCUAUUCAUGUUCACCCCCCCCCCCCCCCAUGUCUACAAAUUGAUCACACACCUACUGAGACAACAAGAGUACACUGAGAACAGAAGUACACUGAGAACAGGAGUACACUGAGAACAGGGGUACACUGAGAAGUACAAUGAGAACAGGAGUACAUUUAAAACAGAAGUACACUGAAAGAACAGAAGUACGCUGAGAGCAGGAGUAAACUGAGAGAACAGGAGUACACUGAGAACAGAAGUACGCUGAGAGCAGGAGUAAACUGAGAGAACAGGAGUACACUGAGAACAGAAGUACGCUGAGAGCAGGAGUAAACUGAGAGAACAGGAGUACACUGAGAACAGAAGUACGCUGAGAGCAGGAGUAAACUGAGAGAACAGGAGUACACUGAGAACAGAAGUACGCUGAGAGCAGGAGUAAACUGAGAGAACAGGAGUACACUGAGAACAGAAGUACGCUGAGAGCAGGAGUACACUGAGAACAGGAGUACACUGAUAACAGGAGUACACUUAGAACAGGAGUACACUGAGAACAGGAGUGCACUGAGAGCAGGAGUGCACUGAGAACAGGAGUACACUGAGAACAGAAGUACACUGAGAACAGGAGUACACUGAGAACAGGAGUACACUGAGAACAGGAGUACACUGAGAGCAGGAGUACACUGAGAACAGGAGUACACUGAGAACAGGAGUGCACUGAGAGCAGGAGUGCACUGAGAACAGGAGUACACUGAGAACAGGAGUACACUGAGAACAGGAGUACACAGAGAACAGGAGUACACUGAGAACAGGAGUACACUGAGAGCAGGAGUACACUGAGAACAGGAGUACACUGAGAGAACAAAAUUACACUGAAAACAGGAGUACACUGAGAACAGGAUUCUAAAUACAAUGCUUGAGAACCAAGUAAAGCUGCUGGGUAUACAAAGUACCCCCAACAUAAAAGAUGUCUUGCAGCUAAAUUGCCAAUGUAUGGAAACAAGCCACUAACAGAGACUGCGAGACAUUGCUUACAAUUUGACUUUGUGAAAGUUCUUUUUUGUAAAUAUUACAUGUAUGGAAGUUUGCUUCCGUGUUUUUUCAAGUGUAUUUUUUUUUUGGAAUAUAGAUAAAUACGUUAUAUAUUGAAAUUAUUCUUUUGUGUUUAUUCUAUGUUUGCAUAUUCAUAUUUUACUAAAUCUGAAGUGUUUAUUGCAAAUUGACUGAAAAAUAAUGAUAAAAUUAUAAUUAAAAAUAUUUGUUCGCGCUAUUUUGUCGGGUCAACAUUCAACAGUAUCUUCUAAUCUAGUCCCACAAUUAUACGACUACAGGUCAAUGUAUCUAGCUGAACCAAAGACGGCAGUGAAUGAUGUCACAAGAAAGAUGAGUUGACAAGUUUGUAAUAAGAUGUGUUACCUUAUAGCCUAACUACUGUUGUUGUUGUUGUUGUUGUUGCCUAUAGGUUUGUUUGCUGUUGUUUCGACAUUUUAUCUUGUACACUGAUUACAUAAUGGGUGAUUUUUGGGAAAUUGUAUUUUUUUAAUCAAUUCAUUAAGACUUUCUUUUUAUUGCCUAUCUACAGGGAUUGCACUUCAUAAAGCGCCAGAUUUGAUUUUAUUGGUUUUUUUUUUAUCUUUUGUAAUUUUUCUCAUUUAAAGUAAUAAUAUAAAAUUCGUGUAUUCUUUAUCAUAAUGUCAAUAAAUUAUGUUUUAUUAGAAAAACAUAA